AUGGUAAUGACCACGGGGUCAUCAUGCCCUGGGAUGAUACCUGUGGCGUCUUCUCAGGUGAAGAAGAAGGCUAAGAUCAAAGUCAAGGAUGUUUACAACUUACCUAGGGGAGACCCAACUAAUGAACGUAUCUUUUCCAUUAGCUUUGAAAAGUGGUCAGGACAAGAAAAUGGUGGCAUGCGUAAGUCUUUCAAGGAUGAGUGCUUUGAUACAAUGAUAAAGGAGCUUUGCAUGAAAAAUAAGGAAAAUCAAAGCAAGCAAACCAUUCCUCACACUUGUGGAUCUAAAUCCAACUCUCGGAGGCGACAUGAGAUGUACUUGGAAAAGAAAAAGAAGCCUAGUAGAGGAAUGAUGUACAUUGAAACACAUAAGAGAAAUGAUGGGUCUUUUGUAAAUAAUGAGGCAUUAACUAUAGUGGAACAAAUUGAGCUGAAUAUGACAGAGUCAAAUGCACAAUUUGAGGUGUCCCCUAAUGAUGCUGUUGGUAAAGUUUUGGGGCCUGAACACUCUGGGAGAGUUCGUUGCAUGGGCAUGGGAGCAACGCCUACAAAUUCCUUUAGGAAUGUGAGAAGUCAGCUUAAUGGGAUGACUAUCUCCACUAAUUCAGCUGGAUCUUCUUUGCCUACUACUGCUGCAAUUUUACAGGAAAAGAUCAAUAAUUUUGAGUUCGAAUUACAUAAUUCACAGCAAAAGGUCAUUAGUCUAGAGUCUAAGUUGCAGCAAUAA